UGUUGCCACAAUUUUAAUGGCAACCAACCUAUCAGAAGGUGGGAAGAUCAAGUGUAUUCAGUACUGGCCAGACAAGGGCAGCAAGAAAUAUGGCUCCAUAUCUGUAACGCUUGUGAAAUCUGAACAAUUUCCUGACUACUUCCUGAGAACAAUCAAUGUGAAACAAGAGAACUCUGACCAGGAACAUGAAGUAAAACAGUUUCAUUUCACUGUCUGGCCUGAUAUGGGUGUACCGAAUAUAUGCUACUGGUGUACUUGCUGUAUUGCAACAUAUUAAUUCAGUUCAUGAUGUCAAGAGUGGACCUAUGGUAGUACAUUGUAGUGCUGGUGUUGGUCGAACUGGAUCAUUUAUAUCCAUUGAUUCUAUGCUAAAAAUGGCCAAGGCUGAGGGAUGUAUUGAUGUCUUCAACUUUGUGAAAAGAGGGAGAGAAAACAGAAUGAACUUUGUUCAAACAGC